AUGGCUGCCGACACACGCGAGGGCGGUCCACCGCCGUCUACGCUGGCGGCGCAGCUGGUGGAAAGCAUUGCGGCGUCAACCAAAGUCUCCCGAACCGAUGAGAAUAGCGAGCUCAAGGGACUUUUGGCCACUAUCCAGCGCGUGAAGGAUAAUCCAGACCUCCUCAAAUCACCAAAUGAUCGAAUUGAGCACAACCAUAUGCUUAUCUAUGUAUACUGUCGAGUUGUUCUCGAAAACAUAAAGCUCGACGACCCAUUUCUUGAUCGAGCGAAUGUACGAACCGAGUCUCAGAAGGCCAUCAAUUUCUUGCGAUUUACAAUCAAAGAAACGCCAUCAGUAUUGCUCCAUCAAAAUGAAAAUCGUGGACUGCUCUUCCGUGGCCAAGAGCCUCUGUGGGUUUGGCUUUUGCCACAACUGCUGAGACUUUUGGGACACCCUCAAUGUCUUGAACUGGAUAGCUCCAUUGAAGGAUUUCUCCAGUAUAUCCUCCUGCUAGUCGCACGAACCGGGAGUUUGUGGAAAGUAGCCCCGUUUUUGGGACUGUAUCUUCGUGCAUCAUUAACAUCUCUUCUUGACCAUCUCCAAAGCCCAUCUCUCGUCCCUUCUCAUGCAGAUCUUCGUACGAAUCUAGAACUCCCCCCAUCCUUUGCCCUUGAUCAAAUUUUGGACAGAGAUCAACAACCCACGACUAAACGCCUAUCGUACUCGAUUUAUACCGUACGACAGGGAUUACAUCUGGCGUCAAGCCUGGCGAGAGUGCUCGCAUACCCCCUGACAUCGCCUGAUUCGGCCUUUUCAAGCAGCGUAUCUCUGUUGGAGAAUGGGCCAUGGCUUAUAGAUUCCUAUCUGGACUUGCGUCAUGUCCAAAAGCGAUGGGAGCUGCCAUCCCAAAGCACCCCUCUUCCACUUGCCGAAUUGACUAUGGAAAUCAUCAAAUCUUCGAUUACUAGUGACCACCCAAGUGCCUCACUCAUUGAAAAAUCGUGUGCUCUCCUCAUUCUACUCUGUAGCGAGAUGAUUUCCCCCCCUGAGGAGCUGGUUCAACCAACUCCUGCCGGCGACCAGGCAAGGUCAAUCUACUGCAUGGCUCUUAUAAUCAUUGCCCAAGCAUCUUUAAAAUCUUACUCGAUAGGCCGCUUUGCGGCGUCGAAACUUGUUCAGGAACUCAUUUUACUGUCAUCACAAUACUCCACUAUUGGAGAAGAUACAGAUAUUUGGCGAAGUGUGACUUUUCUGAGGCAAUCAAUUGGUUCUCUCUCACAAGAAUCCUUCCAAGAUAGCAUACGCCCGUCGAAAUUUCAGGAUGCCGAGCUUCGAAAGUGCAUUCAAGAUCUGCACCUAAACUAUGAUGCCCCUAACCAAGCGGCGAACGCGAACAAAAGGCAAAAGCUCUCCGAAGAAUCAACAGACUUUCUGACAAUUUUGACGCAUGGUAUAUUUGAGACCCUUCAAGUCACUCCGCCAUCGGACGACGAUGUGGUGCUGUUUGAGCAGAUCUUCCUGAGGCUCAUACUGCACUGCGAAGAUGCAGCCUUUCUGAAUUUGGAGACCUCUGGCCCGGGGCAGUGGUGUCUCCAGUCGCUAAACAGUUCUAUAAGGGAGCUUCGUAUCUCAGCAGGAAGAACAUUGGCACUCUUUAUGCCCCCAAAACCCACUCAUAAUAUGGAUGAAGCGUUGCUUUCAAGGAAUAGAAAGAAUUCUAUCGCUCUUCUAAAGUCAGCUUCAGAGGCAGACCCACCACUUUUAAUCGAAACUCGAAUUUUGGCCUGGGGUCAACUUGGCAGAGUCGUCACUGAAGAUGAAUUGAACUUGGUCCUGAUAAAGCUCUUAGAAUAUUUGGGCAGCAGUAAUAAUAUUGAAUCGGCGUUCGCUUUCAAUGAGCUGCUAAGUCUUGCUGAGGCUCGGCGUUCCACGCCUCGUCGCCUCUUUGAGCCAUUUUGGAAAAGUCUUGCCUACAUGGCCACCAAAGACAUAGUUCAACGCCCACAGCGAAGUCGGGCCAUAGCAGAACUACUACAAAUAUCUGUUAACGAGCUCCUGCUUCUGAUCCAAUCCCAUGCACUCCCAUGGCUCGUCUUGGAUAAACGUAAAGAUGUGAUCCAAAAGAUUGCAGAAGCACGUCAGGAGACGGAAAUCUGGCGACCCCUUAUGGACAGUCACAAUACAGCCUCAGUAUUGUCACUUUUAAUGCUGCAAGAGUCGGGCAGUAUUGAAGAAUUUGUCAAAUCUAGCCUAGAUGAGAUAUCUCCUCAUUUUCACGCUCUCAGCCUUGCCGACAUUGUCCAGUCUGAGCCUGUACUGACCGCAAUAGAGCUAUUAAAGGCUGCAGCGGACGCCGAUGCUUCGCGUAAACGCCAGAUACAAAAAGCUUUGGCCAUGAUGGCAUCUAUGGUAUUAGGAUCCAUCAAGGAGACAAGAAAUAAGAAGACAGAUUUAGUGGGACGAUUCCUGCAGUCACAUAUUCUCGGGCUUAUGGCACGCUUUACAGAUGUUAUAAAUGAUUCAAUUUCGAUUUAUCCCCAGGUGAUGCAGCAAAGGAGCUGCAUUCGUGCUUUGGAGGAAAUGAUUCGAAUUUGCCAAGCAUAUGCAAGAAUUGCCCGUCCGCAGAUAUCAGCUUGUCUUUUAUCUGCUGCGUCUCAAGACUCGUUGCGCGAACCAGCUAUUUCAUGCUGGGCAGCAAUGCUCAAGUACUUUGAUGAAGAAGACGUUGAGGCCUUGCUUGAGGCUACUUUUUUCAUUGUGAAGCGCUACUGGCCUGAACUAAAGCCCGCAGCGAUGACCAUAAUAAGAGAUAUGCUCGAUAAUCUCUUGGGAAAAUAUGAGCAUAUUGUGGAAAAACACAUUGCGAGGCUCCCAUCGUUAUCUCACCUUGCAGCUUUGAGUGAUAUUGAAGCUAAGCUCAGUGCUUUUCGACCGUCUCUUGCCCUUGAAGAAACUCUGGGGGUAUUUUCUGGCAGAAUUGGCCACGACUAUUCCGGUGUUGUCCACCAAGCGUUAAUCGACUUGGUACCAUAUUUACGAGAUAACCAAAGUGCACUCUACACAUCUGCUAUCAGUCAGCGACCAGACAGCGUCAUUGCCACAUUACUGCGGGCUCUCCUAGACUGCGCUUGCAAAUACAAUGGAGUCCACAUCGACAUUACUCGGCUCUGCGUUGAGUGUGUUGGGCUUAUUGGCUGCUUGGACUCGAACCGAACCGAAGCGGUACGGGAGCAGCGGUCUAUUGUGGUCUUGGAUAAUUUUGAAGUUAUGGAGGAAGCCACCGACUUCGUCCUAUUUUUGCUCCAAGAGGUGUUGGUACCGUCGUUUUUAUCUACUACCGAUAUGAAGCUUCAGGGAUUCCUAUCUUAUGCUAUGCAGGAACUACUUGAAAGAUGCGAAAUUAGGUCGGCUUGUGCCAACCAUGCCGCUGGAAUAUCUGGCGGCAGUGAAAUACAUCGGAAAUGGAUGACCCUACCUGAAUACGUGAGGGAAGUGGUUGCACCAUUUCUAAACUCGAGAUAUAUGGUGGCACCGAUGAAUCCUCAAGCCGUGGAAUAUCCGAUAUUUCAUCCAGGAAGACUUUAUGGCAACUGGUUGAGAGCGUUCGUUGUAGAUCUCCUACGAAAAGGGCAGCAUCCGCACGCCGAUAUGAUCUUUGAACCUCUAACACGAAUUAUCCGUGUCAAGGAUUUAUCUACUGCAGAGUUUCUGUUUCCGUAUCUUGUGCUGCAUGUCCUUUUGGGACCAAGGAGUAGCCAGACAGAGAAAGAUCAAAUUCUCGGAGAGAUUACGCAGAUAUUGAAAUGCCAACUCUCUCCGGAUGCGUCCUACCAAGAAAAAGAAGACAUGAAGCGGUUUUGUCAUCUUGUUUUCCGGUUCCUUGACUACGCUAUGAGAUGGAUUCAUGCCAAGCGGUCAGGUCGAUUGACUGGGGCCGCAAAAGAAAGUGUGGCUAGAAUCCAAGCCAUGCUGGAUAGCGUUCCCGCUGAGCUAAUAUCACAACGCGCAAUCGACUGUAACGAGUAUGCUCGAGCUCUCUUUCAUCUAGAGCAACAUGCACAAAAGAUGGAUCAGGUUAAGAGAGAACCAGGUGAUCGGACGCGGCUGUUACAGCAGCUACAAGAUAUAUAUGCCAAUAUCGAUGAACCUGAUGGACUUGAGGGUAUCUCGGCCCAUUUACAUGUCUUGGACAUCAAUCAACAGAUCUUGAGUCAUAAGAAAGCAGGGCGAUGGGCUGCGGCACAAACCUGGUAUGAGAUGCAGCUCGCUGAAAAGCCAGAUAACACAGAGGUUCAGAUAGAUUUACUCAACUGCUUAAAACAAGCGGGCCAGCAUGACGUUCUGCUCAACCAUAUCGAGGGAAUGAGGACAGACUCACUCAGCAAUGACAACAGGAUCAUGCCCUUUGCAAUUGAAGCUGCUUGGGUUACAGGUCGCUGGGAAAGCUUGGAAAAAUUCAUCAAUAGAUUUCAAGGCAACGUCUUGCAGGACUUCAACAUGUCUUUAGGGGUUCUCUUUGAAUCCCUGUACAAAAGCGCUCCUACGCAAACUUUUAGCGAGACCGCUAAAAUGAUGAAAGAGAAUAUCGCUCUUUCAAUGACAUCGUCGACAACUGCGUCACUCCAAGCGGCACAUGAAAUAAUGUUGAAGUGCCACGUUCUUACGGAUUUAGAAAUCAUCAUUGGCGCCAAGCCAGAAAGCGAUGAAGACCGUAUGAAGACGAUGUCGCUCCUCGAAGGCCGAUGCGAAGUUAUUGGGGCAUAUUUCAACGACAGACAAUACGUCCUAGGUAUACAAAGAGCAGCUAUGCAACUCUUGCGACCAACAUUCUCCGAUCUCGACAUCUCUGGGUUGUGGUUAGCCAGCUCUCGACUUGCUAGGAAGACAAAUUCCUUACAUCAGUCGUUCAAUGCAGUGCUACAUGCGUCUCAACUCGGAGAUGAUGCAGCUACCAUUGAGAACGCAAAGCUGCUAUUCAGAGAUUCUCACCACCGUAAAGCUAUCCAGCUCCUCCAAGGAGCCAUUGAGCAGAAUAAAUUCAUGACAAAGUCGGGGUCAUCGCUCAGUAUGGGCUCUGCAAGCAAUUUGAACUCCCAUCAAAAGCUGCUCACAGCUCGCGCACAGCUUUUGCUUGCGAAAUGGCUUGAUGCAGCGGGCCAGACACACGCAGGCGCCCUUCGUGAAAAAUACCAACAGCCACCUAAGACGUAUUCCACAUGGGAGAAAGGCCACUAUUACCUUGGUCGCCAUUACAAGAAGAUACUGGAAUCCGAACAGCCGUUGAGGGUGGAUGAUCAAAGUGACAACUAUGUCACUGGCGAGAUCGCUAGGCUUGUCAUUGAGAACUACGUGCGGUCUUUGAACUCGGGAACCAAGUACCUGUACCAAACUCUGCCAAGAAUACUCACUCUUUGGCUUGAUCUCGGGGCGCAAGUUGAUAAGGCCCCGGAAGGCAAGGUUUCGCUAUCUCGCGAGCUUCACAAGCGGAGACUCGAACAAUUAGGUCUGCUGCAUUCGUUUUUGGACAAGUAUAUACAUCGCUUGCCGGCCUAUAUUUUCUACACGGCCCUGUCGCAGAUUGUCGCUCGUAUCGCGCACCCCAACGCCAAUGUCUUUGAGCGCUUGACGCACAUCAUUGUGAAAGUUGUGGAGGCCCAUCCUCGCCAGGCGUUGUGGAGCUUAAUUGGUAUUAUGACAACCCGGCAGGCAUCUGAAAGGAAGACUCGCGGUUCUCAGGUCCUCCAGACUCUCAAGAGUGUGUCCAAGAAGGUGGAUGGGGCAUCGUACGAUCUAAAGUAUCUAAUCAGAGCGGGAGAGAAGCUGGCAGAACAAUUACUGCUGGCGUGUCACAACGGCGACUUCCACGGCAACAAAACUGUGCAUGCCAGCCUUUUCAAGGAUUUGCGAUUCAAUCAAAAAUGCACGCCGUGCCCCUUGGUUGUUCCGGUGGAGAGUUCGCUCACAGCCACUCUACCGGCCGUCUCAGAGCACGUAAAGAAGCACAAGGCGUUUUCGCGUGACGUGGUGUCGAUAGAUUGCUUCUUGGACGAUGUGUUGGUGUUGAGCUCCCUAGCUAAACCAAGACGCCUGACAGCGCGAGGAAGUGACGGGAAGUCGUACAUGCUGCUCAUCAAACCGAAGGAUGACCUCCGUACAGACCAGCGGCUGAUGGAGUUCAAUGGUAUCAUCAACCGGUCAUUAAAACGAGAUGCGGAAUCCAGCAAGAGGCAACUAUAUAUACGAACCUAUGCCGUGGUGCCACUGAACGAAGAGUGCGGCAUCAUCGAAUGGGUGCCGGGAAUCAAGACGAUGCGAGAUAUCUUGCUGAAUCUCUACGCCGCGCAAAAGAUUCACCCAGAUUAUAACGCUCUUAAACAGCUCAUGGAAGAGGCGUCGACGUCAGACAGCAAGGUUGGCAUCUUUACAGAUGACGUGCUGGGGCGCUUCCCUCCCGUUCUUCCCUUGUGGUUUAUCCAACAAUUCCCCAACCCCUCGGCCUGGUUUAGCGCGCGCUUGAGAUACACUCGAUCAUGCGCGGUCAUGUCUAUGGUUGGCACGAUCCUCGGACUGGGCGAUCGACAUGGAGAGAACGUCAACUUGGAGGAGGGAAGCGGAGGAGUUUUCCACGUGGACUUUAACUGUCUGUUUGACAAGGGCCUCACUUUUGCCAAGCCAGAGCGUGUGCCUUUCCGGCUCACGCACAACAUGGUAGCCGCGAUGGGUAUUUACGGCUAUGAAGGGCCGUUUCGAAAGUCAUCUGAGCUGACGUUGAGUAUUCUCCGACAGCAGGAGGAGACGCUUGUGACUAUCUUGGAAGCGUUUAUUUACGAUCCCACGCUGGACCUGCAGAAGGAUAAACGAGCCGCAAAACGGAGUGAAUUUGGGGUCAAGCUACAGCCGCAAAGCGUGGUUGACAGCAUCAAGAGGAAGGUCAAGGGAUUGCUACCGAAUGAGAGCAUUCCCCUUAGUGUAGAGGGACAAGUGGAGGAGCUGAUUAAACAGGCGGUCAACCCAAGGAACUUGGCGUCCAUGUACAUUGGAUGUUUCCCCCUCCGAUUCUACUGCCGCUGCUGCCACCUGCCACGACCCUACGAAACAUCCACCGCAACAGAUAUUGCCUCUUCUCUAUUCUAUCCGUCUUCACAGCACCCGCAGCUUUUAUUUCGUCUUGCUGCAAACAUGCCUCAGUAUCGUAUUGGUAAAUAUACCAAAGUGAAACUAAACUCGUUAUGCUACUAUGUAGAGGUCUCGCCCAACAACCGUGCCGGCUGUCAAGACACCGUGUGCAAGAAAGAAGGCGUCAAGAUUCUCAAGAACGAAAUCAGAUUCGGCACUUGGGUUGAGAUCCAAGAUCGCGGUUCUUGGCGAUGGAAGCACUGGGGCUGCGUAUCUGGAUCGCAGAUUGCCGGUCUUCAGGAAUCUUGUGGUGGUGAUCCUGACAACUAUGACUAUGAUGCCAUUGACGGUUUUGACGAGUUAAAUGACGAUGCGAUCAAGGAGAAGGUUCGGCGCUGCGUGAAGCAAGGCCACAUUGAUCCCGAAGAUUUCAAGGGGGAUCCUGAGAAGAACAAGCUGGGCGAAAAGGGCAUUUAUCUUUCUGCCAAAGAGAAGGCUGCCAAAGAGAAGGCUGCCAAGGAGAAGGCUGCUGCAGAGGCUGCUCCAGCCAAGGCCAACAAGCGUGGCCGCAAGAAGGCUGCCGACGUCGCAGAUGAGCCUAAGCCUAAGAAAGCUAGGAAGUCCAAGAACGAUGCAGGCGAGGAAGAUGCUGAAGGGUCUGCUUCUGCCAAGAGAGGACGACCGAGAAAAUCGAUCGAUCAGCAGGACGAAAAGGUAGAGGGCGGAGAGGCUGAGGAGCCAGCUCCGGCCAAGAAGGCCACUAAGAAGGCCACGAAGGCUACGAAAGCAAAGGUUGUCCAGACUCAACAACCUGAAGAGGAGACUGUGGAAGAGGAUGAAGUCGAAGAGAAGGAGAAGGCUGCUCCUGCCAAGACUGCGCGCGGACGAAAGGCAUCGGCCCCCAAGGCUAAGGCGGCGAUUGCAGAUGAGGAUGAAGACGCCGGAAAGGCCGCUCCAGCCUCUGCCCCCAGGGGCCGCAAGCGCGCUGCCGUGACCAAGACUGACGAAGUUGAGGAGGACGAGCCCAAGCCUCUUGUCAAGAGAGGACGCAAGUCAAGCACUCCCGCCAAGAAGGCUGCCCCCGAGCCUGCGGAGGAAGUUGAGGCAGAAGAGGACACGCCCAAGGCGGCUCCCAAGGGCAGAGGAAGAGGUCGUCCUCGCAAGUCUGAUGCUUCGACGGCGUAA